UCGGGCAUCGCCGAAGUUCGUUUACAAAUCGGUCAGACUGUGCAGAUCGAGUAGUGGCAGCAUCUUCUCUCAUACGAUCACAUGGUUAUUAAAAAUGGCCGCAGUGUCACAGCCCCUUGGAUUAGAGCGAGAUGUAUGCAGAGCUAUUGAACUUUUGGAAAAACUGCAGAGAAGCGGAGAAGUACCGCCGACAAAAUUGCAGGCCCUGCAGAAAGUUCUGCAGAGCAAAUUUUGUUCAGCCAUUCGAGAGGUGUAUGAACAAUUAUAUGGAACCCUUGAUAUUUCUGGUGGAGCUGAAGUCCGAGCACAAGCCACUGCAAAGGCCACAGUAGCAGCAUUUGCAGCAAGUGAAGGACAUGCUCACCCACGUGUUGUUGAGCUUCCUAAGACAGAAGAAGGACUUGGAUUUAACAUUAUGGGUGGCAAGGAGCAAAACUCUCCAAUAUACAUCUCUCGUGUCAUUCCUGGAGGGGUGGCAGAUAGACACGGAGGACUAAAAAGAGGAGACCAACUGUUGUCUGUGAAUGGAGUGAGUGUUGAAGGAGAACACCAUGAGAAGGCAGUAGAACUGCUGAAGGCAGCACAUGGAUCAGUAAAAUUGGUGGUGCGUUAUACUCCAAAAGUCCUGGAAGAAAUGGAGGCAAGGUUUGAAAAGAUGAGGAGUGCUCGUCGACGUCAGCAGCAUACUAGCUACUCGUCUCUUGAAUCCCGAGGAUAAAUCGUCUUGAAGACCUGACUUUCUUGGUGAUGUCUAGACAAGUUCAAUGCCAGUAUCUCGUUAUAUGUUAAGUCAAAGCAGCCAGAACAGGAAGAAGGACAGACAUUAAAUGCUUUGGAAUUGAAGGGCAAAUGGAAGUUGAACUUAAUUGCAAUAAUUUUAUUUAUGUGUUUGUUUAGCUAUUUAUUUUUAAAACAACUUUAUAGUUGUAUUUAAUGUUCCAUUUUCCAUUUUACUUUUUUAUACAAUUGAAUUAUAAAAACAGUAUUUGUUUUUUAUUUUAACUAAUGUUUGGUGUGUGAUCAUUGCCAUUCUGUUGAGUAUUACAUAUUCCUUUUUGCAUAACAUGCUUCAGCAUACAAUGUUUUAGUUUGCUUUCAUGUAAUUCAUUUCUGAUUGUCAAGUCAAAGAGUAUGCAGGUGUGACUUUAACAUUUUAAGAGUUUCUUCAAAAUUUUAUUUAUUUUUUGUAUUACUGUUGUAUCUCAUAUGCUGUAUUUAUAAAUCAUUGCAAAUUAUAUUAAUCACUAUUCAUGUGAGCUGUCCAAUCCAGUUUGUUAACCCAUAACUGCAGACAGAGAAUAGAUGCAAAGUUUCACAUUAAAUGUUCCAAGAACAACUUAAGUGCCACACAGGCUCUACAAAACUUGACAUGGCAACUUUCCUUCUGCAUGUAUAAGUUAUCUUUGUACUCUGUGCAGUAGGUUGGGGAUUUUUUAUCUGCUACAUGCAAAUUUGGAGAUUAGAUUACUGUGCUCAGUAUUGGUUUGUUUAAUAAGAACUUAGGCAUUAAGACCCAUGUGGAAAUUCUAUGACUGCAUUUCUAUUCUUGGUUAUUGUCCAAAAUAUAGAACCUCCUAUAUUUGAUAAAAUGCACUACCAAAUUUAACAGAUUGACUAACUCAAACAUAAGAAUGUAAGUUUUACAAACAAGAAGCAACUAUUAAUUUUAUCCCUCUCAUUUGCUUGGCUGAUGGUAAAAUUUUUCCAAUUUUACAUCUAUAAUUCAAAAAGCAAACUUGGUUAAGAUUUUCACUUCAUGUAUAUGAUUUGCCAGUUUGACACAUAAAGGAUCAUGUAAAUUUAGAAUAAAGUUUAUCCUGGCUCCUACCUUUAGUGCACAAAGUUAAAAUAUAAGUGCUGUAUGAGUUUCAGGCAUUUUUUAUGAUCUGUAGGCAUGCAUUUCUUUCUAUGCAAUUCUUUCUGCUUUAUAUGUUAAAGUCUAAUUUCCUAUCCUUUACAAAUAAAAAAUAGUUUAUCUUUACUGUUCAUCUGCUUAGUCUGCUUCAGCCCCUUGAACAAAUGAACAAAAAAAUUAAUUAUUUCUCUUUUCUAUGCUAUGCCCUACUUCAUGCCAAGGUGAAUGGUUUCAAGCAAAUAAGAUACAAAAAUAUUUAAGUUAGAUAGCUCUUACCACUCAUACUAACCUCUUUGUAUCUAGGUUAGAGCAGUCCUACUGUACUAAAGAAGCAAGAUUAAAGUUUCAUUGUUACUGU